ACGAGACUCCGGUCAUGGCCACGUGAACGGCGGGAUGGUUUCAGCAAAGGGAGUAACUGUUCUCAGCGCGUGCCGGAGUCUGGACGGAGCAGUCGGAGCCGUUUGAGACAGGGCUUUAAUCUGGGCUUUAAUCUGGGCUUUAAUUUGGGUUUUAGUCUGGGCUUUAGUUUGGGUUCUAGUUUGGCUUUAGUCUGGGUUUUUUACUGACUAUGACUGUUGUCUCCCACUGGAGUACCGGAUCGUUGAACCCGCGUGCGCGGUGAGCGUUUUUGGAGACCCCCGGGGGGACCCCUGGCGAGGUCCGCGGCCACACCGUACAUUACUCACGAGAAUCAAAAGCGUUUUUGCUGCGUCGCGGUUUUGCUUUUUACACAACAUGUCGAUAUUCGGGAAGAUCUUUCGUCUUCCGACUCUUGACAAGAAGAAGGGGAAGCAGUAUCAGCACGUCCAUCGCGACCUGAAUCCCAACGACAUCUGGGAGGUUGUAGGAGAGCUUGGUGAUGGAGCCUUCGGGAAGGUGUACAAGGCGCAUAACAAGGAAAGUGGCGCACUCGCGGCUGCCAAGGUGAUCGAGGCGAAGAGCGAGGAGGAUCUGGAGGACUACAUGGUGGAGAUCGACAUCCUCGCGUCCUGCAACCACCAGUACAUCGUCAAGCUGCUGGAUGCUUUCUUCUAUGAACAAAAACUCUGGAUCAUGAUAGAGUUCUGCCCUGGAGGAGCGGUGGACGCCAUCAUGCUAGAGCUGGACCGUGGGCUGACGGAGCAGCAGAUCCAGGUGGUGUGCAGACAGAUGCUGGAGGCUCUGGUCUACCUACACACCAUGAAGAUCAUACAUAGAGACCUGAAGGCAGGGAAUAUCCUGCUCACCCUGGACGGCAACAUCAAACUAGCGGAUUUUGGUGUGUCUGCAAAAAACAUGAAAACUUUACAGAGAAGAGAUACCUUCAUUGGGACUCCGUACUGGAUGGCUCCUGAAGUUGUGAUGUGUGAGACCACCAAGGACACACCAUAUGACUACAAAGCAGACAUCUGGUCUCUGGGCAUCACCUUGAUAGAGUUGGCCCAGAUCGAGCCGCCCCACCACGAGCUCAACCCCAUGAGAGUCCUGCUGAAGGUGGCUAAGUCCGAGCCCCCCACCCUAGACGAGCCUUCCAAAUGGUCAAAUGACUUCAAGGAUUUCCUGAGAAAAGCAUUGGAUAAGAAUCCAGAGACACGGCCCACGGGCGCUCAGCUUCUGGAGCACCCCUUCGUGAACUCGGUGACAUCGAACCGGCCCGUGCGGGAGCUGGUGGCCGAGGCCAAGGCGGAGGUCAUGGACGAGGCCGAGGACGACCCGGACGAGGCCGAGGACGACGAGCCUGCUGAUCUCACGCUGGCCCAAGGCAAAGAUCCCUGUAAAACCAGUCAGAGCAGUUUAGUGGGACCCAGCCCAGCGGACACGCACAGGCCCGAGAGCCAGAAGCGGCCGGAACCCAAGCCGCGCACCUCGGCCGGUCUCCUGCAGGGGGCAGCGGAGAGCGCCAAGAGCCACGAGGACCGCGACCUCCUGUCAGACCCCGACAAGCCCGAGAGCGAGGCUUCCAGCAAGACCUCAGACUCGGGCAUCGAAGAUGGUAAGAGUACUCCCACGUCUGAGGAGGAGAGCAAGAGGACGGAGACUCCGGAGUCUGAGUCGCCAUCGUGCCUGACCCCAGAACAGUCCAGUGGAGGCACAGCGCCUCUGCUGGAGCGAGGCAGAAGUGCGGCGGCAGGGCAGGUGGAGUGCGAAGGAGGGGAGAUGGAGGAGACGGAGCCCCACAUCAGCGGAAGUGUAAAGCGCCUCUCGGACACAGGAAGCCAGGCCUCUGAGGGCAUGGACCUGUCCCUGAACCAAUACACUCCCUCUGUGUCUGCACGGGAUUUGCGUAAGACUCUGAAACGCACGCGUAAGUUUGUUGUAGACGGUGUGGAGGUGAGUGUCACCACCUCCAAGAUCAUCAGGGAUGAUGAGAAGAAAGAUGAAGAGAUGAGAUUUCUGAGGCGUCAGGAGUUGCGAGAGCUGCGUCUGCUGCAGAAGGAGGAGCACCGAGCUCUGGCUCUGCUGAACGCCAAGCUGGACACUCAGAGGGAGCUAAUGCAGAGACGCUUCGACCAGGAGAUGAACACCAAGAAGAGGUACUAUGACACGGAGGUGGAGAACCUGGACAAGGUUCAGAAGCAGAAAAUCGAGAAGAUGGAGCUGGAGCACGCUGUGCGCCUACGGGUGGAGACGAGGCGUAUCCGUGGCGACCAGGAUCGUGCCUUGUACAAAUUCCAGGAGUCACUGAAACAGCGCAAGAAGGAGUUGAAACAUGAGGUGGAGAAGUUACCGCGGAGAGAGAGGAAGGAGAGCUUGAAGAUCCGCAUGAGCACUUUCCAGCAGAGCAAGGAGAUGGAGGAGGAGGAGUUCCGAGCUUCUCAGAGUCUCUACCUGGACACCACCCUGAAGAACAUCAUCGCUCAGAACAAGAGGGAGAUUGCAGACACAGAGCGUGACUGUCUGGCCAAGAAACAGCACCUGAUACGAGAGAAGGAAGCAUGUAUGUGGGAUCUGGAGGAGAAGAACAUCCAUGAGAGGUGGCAGCUCCUCAAACAGCAGCUGAAGGAACAGUACUUCCUCCAACGGCACCAGCUACUGAAGAAGCAUGAAAAGGAGCAGGUGCACAUGCAGUGCUAUAACCAGCGCAUGGUUGAGCUCCUGAAGGUGCGUCAGCAGCAGGAGAGGAACCGACUGCCCAAGAUCCAGAAGAGUGAAGGGAAGACGCGCAUGGCCAUGUUUAAGAAGAGCCUGCGGAUCAGCGGCACGCUGAGUGCUGCCGAGGAGCGCGAGCGCACCAAACAGUUUCAUAAACAGGAGGAGAAGAGACAGAAGGCAGAGCGUGUGCACCAGCUCCAGAAACACGAGAACCAGAUGAAGGAGAUGGCGGGUCAGUGUGAGAGCAACAUUAGAGAGCUGCAGCAGCUACAGAACGAGAAAUGUCACCUGCUGGUGGAGAACGAAACGCAGAGGCUCAAAGCGCUGGACGAACACCACAACAACCUGCUAAAGGAGUGGAGGGAGCAGCUGAAACCCAGGAAGAAGGCUCUUGAGGAGGAGCUGAACCAUAAGAUGCGUGAGCAGGAGUUGUUUUUUAGGAUGACUGAACAGUCAGAGUGCCAGAACCCCAGUUCUCCCAACCGACUCACCAAGUUCCUGCCAUACUCAGACUCCUCGACCACCUGAGGACCCACCCCCUGGGACACAUCCCAGCCAAUCAGGAGCCUUCUUCCCUAGCUGCCAACCAAUCACCAGUUCACGAUAAUUGCUCACAUAGGCUGGCCUUCACAUCUGUGAAGUUAGCAUUAUCUAGAUUUUUUAUUAAUAUCUUUGGUUUCAAACUGGGAUACACAUGCUCCCAGUACCCUGAGAGGAUCUGCAGGUGCAGAUGUGUUUCACUGCUGAACAGGUAUAAAAUGUUCUGCUGCUUCUGUAGUGGUUGUCCGUAGUUAUUCCCAAACAUCAUGCGACCAACUUGGAGCUUUAAUGCACAGGCUUGGACAUUUCCUGAUUCAAGUAAUAUGGGAAAAGUCUCUAGUUGAGCAAAGUCUAACACAUUCAUACCAAACACACACACACACACACACACACACACACACACUUUCCCAAAGCCUAGUCAUAUCCAAGUGACCACUGAGUCUUACUGAGCUGCAUUAGUACAGAAAACUUGUUAUAUAGCAAUAAUUACAGUUCAUAUUUUCUAUUGACGUUUUACCAAAACCAACCCAUUAAGACUGAGCGCGUAGCUUCAGUGGUGCCUCUGGGUGAAACUCUUCCGCAACCAAGAUUAGUGUUGCCAAGUGUGUUGUGUAUAUAAAGGAAAAAGGCUUAUGUACUACUUUUUAUUUUUCUAUUAUCAUUUUAAAAGUUAUAUAUGAAUCAAAUCUAUAAAUCUACUUUAACUUUCUAACAAUUCUACAACCCAAGUUUCAUCCUUGACGAGAUGGUAAGAAUCUUAGUUUAUGACCAUGAAGGUCGGCUGGUACGUUAAGUUCUUCCAAUUUUGUUCCCCUUGUGCAAUAUGUAUUUCUCAUUAUUUUUCUUGAUGAAGUAUUUGUCUGUUGUUUUAUAUUUAUCACCAAAAUGUGAGUAAUAUUCUUGCCACAGGGUUGUGGCGGGAUCACUGUAAAGCGUAACACUGGACGUGAGCUAACACGGAGCUUGACAGGUUACCGCCCAGAAUUGGGAGAGUGAAGAAUAUGAGAAUACGCUCAGCUACGCUGAACCCUACAGAAAAACACGAUACCAAGUGCUGUAGGUUAGUCAGUCAGGGCAACAACCUUCCUGACUUCUCAACACAGCUUAAAUCUGGAAAUGAGCAGGUACACAUCAAAAACUAUUUAUCAGUAUAAAAUGUAAAAUUAUGCAUAAGCACAUUUUGCUUUGCAGAAAACUGCUUGGAGCUGUUUCCCAGAGUAGGUAAUCGGGGUAAAUGCACUGAGAAAAAGAUGGAAUUCCUGACAUCCAUGGUUUUAUGCAGGACAGCUGACUGGUUACCUCAUAAAUCUGGGUUUGAGGAAUGCCCACCGGAGGUAGUGCCUUUUUAGCAGGAAUACCGUUCAUGAGAACCAGAACAACACAGAACAUAAUGCCUUCUCAGAAAAGCAAGGAGCUGCACGUUAUGGGCACGGUUUAAUUGCAGACGUAUUACUGGGAAAAAUGUGGAAUUAUCGCCAUGGGCCUUUCAUGGGAAAUACAAAAGGAGCGUUAUUUCCUUUCACAUAAAAACAACCCAAAAUAACAGAAAGGUUCUGAUCCAAUGAACAAAGUGCUUUUUGGAAAUAUAUUAUGUUCACUUGCUUUCUAAGCACUGACACCUAAAGUGCAAUGUUUUCUUUUAGCCUUUGUUUUUUAUUUAAGUAUUUUGGAGUUACAAGUUAUAAUGAAGUUUCUAUGUAGAACAGAUGCCAGUACACACGUUUCCUGUCACCAGUAUUUAGUUUUCUUAAGUGGGUAAACUGUGUUUAUGGCUUUAGUUAUCUCUCCCUUUCUGCCUGAUAUAUGAUUAAAAUCUGAUUAUUUUAAAGUUA